AUUUCCCCUCCCGGACAGGUCCUCUGCUGGUCCGGUACUGUCUGAAUCAAACCCCUCAUUGGCUACUCGCUCCGUCAAUCCGUUUCAUUCUUCCAGUUUUUCCGCCCCGCCUUCCAGAGCUCGCCUGUGAUAGGCUGACGAGGCCGUCACUUCAGAAAGGUCCGCAUUCCUUCCGCCUUUCUCCAGGAGACCAAGGGAGAGGAAGGUGGAUCUCCGGCGGCGCCCACCCCGGGGGCUCUGCUUCCGCCUCUUAUUGGCUUCUCUGGGUGCCGGUCGCUACGCUACCCAUCGCUGACUGGCUAUCCGGCCGCCGCUCUGCGCGGCGCCGGCUCCGCCCCCGUCGGGUGUUUGUGGUGGGGCUGCGAAGUCGCCAAUCCCGCCGGAAGCGCCAGGACAAUGGGGACUCGGGACGACGAGUACGACUACCUAUUCAAAGUGGUGCUCAUCGGGGACUCGGGCGUGGGGAAGAGCAACCUGCUGUCGCGCUUCACCCGCAACGAGUUCAACCUGGAGAGCAAGAGCACCAUCGGCGUGGAGUUCGCCACCCGCAGCAUCCAGGUGGACGGCAAGACCAUCAAGGCGCAGAUCUGGGACACCGCCGGCCAGGAGCGCUACCGCGCCAUCACCUCGGCAUACUACCGUGGUGCGGUGGGCGCGCUGUUGGUAUAUGACAUUGCCAAGCACCUGACUUACGAGAACGUGGAGCGCUGGCUGAAGGAGCUGCGGGACCACGCCGACAGCAACAUCGUCAUCAUGCUGGUGGGCAACAAGAGCGACCUGCGCCACCUGCGGGCCGUGCCCACAGAUGAGGCCCGCGCCUUCGCAGAAAAGAACAACUUGUCCUUCAUUGAGACCUCAGCCUUGGAUUCCACCAACGUAGAGGAAGCUUUCAAGAACAUUCUCACAGAGAUCUACCGCAUCGUGUCACAGAAGCAGAUCGCGGACCGCGCAGCACACGAUGAGUCCCCCGGAAACAACGUGGUGGACAUCAGCGUGCCACCCACCACCGACGGACAGAAACCCAACAAGCUGCAGUGCUGCCAGAACCUGUGACCGCCCUGCGCCUGGUCUCAGCGUGCGUGCACGUCCUCGUCCUCCGCCCACCCCUCACUGCCCCGUCCUCCCUGCCCACCCCCUCCGCCCCUCUGUGACUGGCUCCUGCCCUCCCAUCGAGCUCCGCACGAAGAACAGGAGUUGAGCGGCAUCUCCUGUCCCGCCCAAGGAAAGCUAGAAGCCCCGGCUGCUGCACCUGCUCUCCUUGGGUCCCAGUGGGCAUCUCAGCGGGGCGGGGAGGGUGGCAGGAUGGACCGGGCCGGCCAGAGGCCAAGAGGAUGGGCACACCGAGCAGGCUUCUCCAGUUUUCCACGGUAGCCUCCGGGGAGCAAUCGCCGCCCUCCCUCUCUGGCCAGCUGGCCCAGCUGGCCCCCGGUCCCCACCCAGAACCCCAUUCCAGGCUGAAGCCCGAAGAGCAAGGCGCCAGGGGCCAGGCAGACGGACACUCUUGGCUCUCGGCAUCCCGCUCCCCCGCGCACAGCCAGCAGCGCACAUGCCUUCGACCUCUCCCGUGCGUGCGCGACUCCAGCUCCUGCCUGUAGAUUGAUGCUGGGAGAAGACCCUCUCCCCACCUCACCCUCCUUUUUGCACGCGGCGCGCUCUCCACCCACCACCCCGUCCCUGUGCCCUUCUCUCUGUCUUGUCUCCCUGUCUGGUCAGGAACCUGUUUGCAAGUGAAGCAAUAUCUCUGUGUUUUGUAUAUACAACCGCUCUUGUAGCCUUUGGUUUUUUUGUUAUUGUAGAGAAACACAGAUUCUUUAUACACUUUGUAAGAUUUAUGCCAAACCCUAGCUCUCGAUCUCUUAUUCUUCCUGUGGCCCCUGCACUGUUGCCCCGAUGCCUCGUUUCUCUCGCCCGGUUACUAAAAUGUAUAAUCCGACUUCCUGUACAGAAA